GGGCAGUGUAGAUCUACUUUUACAGACAAGACUAUGAGACGACUUUUUCAUUUGAAGGGUAUUAAGGUAACAGCAGAUACAAUUUGUGCUGGAGGCAUAAAUUCCGAUACUUGUAAGGGUGAUUCUGGUGGACCAUUAAUGUCUAAUUUCCAAGGUGAUUGGAUGGUUUAUGGACUGGUAAAAUCUGGUUCUCCACAAUGUGGGCUAGGAGACAUUCCAGGACUAUAUACUUCAGUUAUCCAUAAUUUAAAAUGGAUAAAUAGCAUUACUGGGCCAAUUCAAAAUGGGGCCACAAACCCGAAAGGGUCAAAUGUGUGUCAUAGACCAGCCUGUGUAAAAGAAUGGAACGUAAUCAUCAUAGCAGAUCUUACAACUGAUGCAGACAUUAGUGAAUACCCCAUUGAAGCAUUCAUAAUGCAAUUGGGUAUUGCACCAACAAAAGUCCAACUUGGCAUUGUGGCAAUAACUGAUGAUGCUCACGACAUUAUUACAAUCUCAAGAGAGUUUGGGAUUUAUAAGAUUACAGAAGCUGUAAGGAAUUUUACUCGAACAAAAGAUAGUGAUAAGAAAGGUCCAAAUCUACCAACCACGACCAAUAAUGAGACAACCCCCAACCCAGACAAUGGUACAAAAGCCCCAAAAAGAACUGUCAGUCCAAAGCCACAAACCACUCACAAAGAAAUGAUUAAUAAAGCAUUUAAGUUAGCAGAUGAACAAUUAAAAAACAAUGUGAGGCCAAGGGGUAAUGUUAAAAAUUCAAUCAUAUACAUGACUGCCUCAUGUUCCAUUGAAAAUUUCAAAGCUGGAUAUCCUACUUCUACUACUACACGUACUAUAUAUACCAGAACUAUGUGGUAUGACCCAGACUUUCAUUAUGGUCAGUGUCAAGAUCUCAUGAUAUACAAGGACUAUAUUAAUGUUCAGAGAAAUUCUGAGAUGCUUAGUAGAAUGCAUUGUUCCUAACUGCAAUAAUAUCUUUAAAAAAACAUUUUUGUUUUAUCAUCAAAAAUCUAACAAGGGACACAGUGGCAAUCUUGCAACUUUGUCUGUGGAAGCACAAUGGUAAAAAGAGAGCACAAAAAGAAUUAUGGAAAUAUAGAAGG